UCAACAGUGUGAAAAGCAAAAAGCUACAGAACAGCUGCUAAAAAUUUGUAAAGCAAACAAUAUGAAAUUCCUGAUUGUUUUGAUUGCCUGUGUGGCGUUCGUGGCUGCCCAGGAGCUGACGGAUGAGCAAAAGGCUAAGGCCAGGGCCAGUGCUGAGGCCUGCAUGGCCCAGGAGGGCGUUUCGGCGGAGCAGGUAAAGGAUCUGCGCGCGGGCAAGUUUGACAAUGUCGACAACAAGGCCAAGUGCUUUGCCCACUGUUUCCUGGAGAAGAGUGAGGUGAUCGCCGAUGGCCAAAUCAAGCCCGAUAUUGUUACCAAGAAACUGGCGCCCAUUUUCGGCGCCGACGUCGUCAAGGAGGCCCAGGCCAAGUGCGAUGCACUGAAGGGCGCUGAUAAGUGCGAUACAGCCUUCCAGAUCUACCAGUGCUACUAUAAGAACAAAGCCUAUGUUCCAAUGAACUAAGCUUUGGUAUUGAAUCCAUCCGCAACUAUUAAUUAUGCAAAGUAAAUUGGCAUGCUUCAAGUCAUAUUCAGACUCAUGUAAUCUGUAUUACAUAUGUAAAUAAAACAAUUUAGUUCAAAUUUUAACAAAA